GGAUCAUCCAGACUGUUACCAGCAACAAGCCCAAAAGCCAGGCUCUGUCAUGAAAUAUGUCAAAGUAAAUUUAGAAAUCACUACUUUCUUUUUCUAUUUGCAUUUUCCAGAGUGUCUCAAUCAGUUAUCCACACUGAUAUAAUCACAAAUGUUUCUUGAUCAUCAUAUAAGACAUUAUAAUGAUUUCUGAAGCAUCAUGUGACUCAAGACUGGAGUAAUGAUGCUGAAGCAAUACAGCAAACUCACAUAGAGAGGAGAACUGUUGAAUGGUAAUGAUACACCGCUGUUUCUGCUGUCCAUCAGGCCUCUCCGCCGGCGUUCUGUCCAGACUCUCGAACCCAUGAUCUCUCUGCCAUCCUGUCCGCCAUCAGAGGAGCGCAGAGCUUCAUUCACGUCUCCGUCAUGGAGUAUUAUCCUGCCUCCAAAUACUUCAAUCUCCACGGGUUCUGGCCGGUGCUGGAGGAUGCUCUUAAGCGUGCGGCAUUUGACAGGCGUGUGUUUGUGCGUCUGCUGGUCAGCUGCGGUCGGGAAAGUGACCCGUCCGUCUGGCCAUUUCUGCGCUCACUGGAUGCUCUUCAUUCGCCAUCAGACAACAUCAACAUCGCUGUGAGAGUGUUCAUUAUUCCUGCAGGAAACCAGACACGCAUCCCUUACACCCGAAUCAACCACAGUAAAUACAUGGUGACUGAUAAACUGGCCUAUAUAGGGACGUCAAACUGGUCAGCAGACUACUUCAACACCACUGCUGGAGUGGGCUUAGUGGUUUCCCAGGAUGCUUUGCAGAAAAACUCAUUCCAGCAGCAGCUGAGGGCUGUUUUUCAGAGAGACUGGAGCUCUGAGUUCUCCAUCCCUCUGUCUGAACUCCAGAACAACCACGACUGCGCUUUCCCCACACACACUCCAUAAACGCACACAUACAUACUAUUAACUGAAACACACACACCGUAAACACAUAUUUGUGCAGGUGUCUGUUUAUGCUGUACAUGUAUCUAUGUCUCUCAUGUGCCUUUUAAAUGUUUAUUUUUUCUAGUCAUUAAAUAAGGGAAGCUUCAGGCAGCCAGUGCUUCAUUUCAUUUUUAAAAAUUAUUAAAAAGCUCACAUAUAAGAAUUGAGUUCAAGUUGGUUUUAUGUUCGCACAUUUGUUCGUUUUUGAGCACUGACAACUUGUGACAGCGUGUCUGUAUUGUGUAUUAUGCUACUUUGCAUAUUAGGUCUGAACUCGCAUGUAAGUAUGAUUCAAAACAACAUCAGCACUGUUUUUGUGACUGGGAACAUUGUUGUACUUUGAUAGUCGUUGGCUAAUUUUAUAAUUUCUCUGUUUAAAAUUGGCAAACAAUACUUUUCUAAAAUUAUACUAUUAAGUAUAAAGCCUUAAUGUGUGAAUAUAAAACCAACUUUACCCCAAUAAUAUAAUAAUAGAGGAUUGCAGCGCUUUGUAGUUUUCUGCUUUCAGUAUUUUUCAUUUUCAGUGUUUCGGCUGAAAUGCAUAUAAAUAUACUAUGCAUAUAAAUUUAACGAAUUCAUUUUUAUUCCUCCCCCCCCCAA